CGGUUUUUAAUCACUAUGUUAUCAUUUUACAAAGACAAAACCGAUAAUAAACACCACGAUAAUUAGUAUAUCAUGAUUUAUUUUGGCAUCAGUUCUCUGAAAGCGGAGAGCUCGCCGAACGACCGCCAUUUUAACAAGACAAAUCUCGCCAAUUCUCGCGAUAUAUGGAAUAAGAUCAGCUGAGCACGCGCCGGAGCUCUCGAGCCUGUCAAGGCGCCGCGACUCUCGGUCCGAUUUCCUGAAAAACAAUGAAGAGAGCAAAACAUCCAGUUUAAUCAGAAAGAGCAGAAAAGUGACAGAUCUAACAGCAGCUCGGAUCAUGGAGCACAUUCUAACUCCAAAGGUGGACUACGUCAAGCUCCUGGACAGAUACGCUGCUAAAAAGCCGGCCAUCGGGACUUUAUACCUCACAGCAACACACCUCAUAUUCGUGGAGCAGUCCAGCAACACACGCAAAGAAUUAUGGGUCCUGCAUCAUCAUAUCUCGUCCAUAGAGAAACAUCCGACCUCGGCAUCAGGAUGUCCGCUGCUCAUCCUCUGUAAAACCUUCCAGCGUCUCCACCUGCUGCUGCCCCGAGAGAAGGAAGCCCAGGACGUCCAUCAGUCCCUUCUACGCCUGUCCCAAACAGUGAAGGAAGAGGAGCUCUACGCAUUCCUGUACAACCCCCAGCAGGGUGCAGAGGAGCGGAGGCGGGGCUGGGACCUCAUCAGCAUGACCGCUGACUUCAGCAGAAUGGGUCUGCCCAAUGAAUUCUGGGAAAUCAGUGACCUCAACAGCAGCUAUGAGCUCUGCUCUACGUAUCCGGCAGUGCUUGGCAUUCCCAAAUGUGCCAGUGUUGCUACGGUAACAGGCAGCUCCAAGUUUAGGAGUCGGGGCCGGCUGCCCGCUCUGUCGUAUUAUCACAAAGAUACCAAGGCAGCGAUCUGUCGGUGUAGUCAGCCUCUCUCAGGUUUAAGUUCUCGCUGUAUUGAAGAUGAACAGAUGCUGCAGGCCAUCUGCGAGGCCAAUCCCAACUGUCCAUUCAUUUAUGUUGUGGACACAAGGCCUAAGCUGAAUGCUAUGGCUAACCGUGCGGCGGGUAAGGGGUACGAAAACGAGGACAACUACACCAACAUCAGGUUCCACUUCCAGGGCAUUGAGAACAUCCAUGUCAUGAGAAGCAGUUUACAGAAACUCCUUGAAUUGUGUGCUCAGAAGACCGUGUCUAUGAGUGACUUCCUGACCGGUCUGGAAAACUCUGGCUGGCUGAGACACAUCAAAGCCAUCAUGGACGCAGGGGUCUUCCUCUCUAAAGCAGUAGUUGAUGAGGGAUCGAGUGUUUUAGUGCACUGUUCUGAUGGAUGGGAUCGCACGGCUCAGGUGUGUUCGCUCGCCUCCAUCCUGAUUGACCCAUAUUACAGAACCAUCAAAGGACUCAUGGUUCUGAUAGAGAAAGAGUGGAUUGCUUUCGGACACAAAUUCAAUCAGAGGUGUGGUCAUGUGGAAGGUGACCCUAAAGAGGUGUCCCCCGUGUUCACACAGUUUGUGGAGUGUGUGUGGCAGCUGAUGGAGCAGUUCCCCUGUGCGUUUCAGUUUAACGAACGCUUCCUGCUCUCCAUCCACGAACACGUUUACUCCUGUCACUACGGUAACUUCAUCUGCAACAACCAGCGAGAGAGAGAGCAGCUAAGGCUCAGAGCGAGGACCUUCUCCGUGUGGCCAUAUCUCCUUGAGCAUCAGGAUGAGUUCAGGAACCCUCUGUACAAACGCACUACACACAAUGGCUUACUGAGACCCAACACCCUGCCUCUGCACUUCAAGUUCUGGUGUGGGAUGUAUAACCGUUAUGAUAAAGGGAUACACCCGAGACAGUCCAUCCUGGACACACUGCUGUCUCUGACUGUGAGACAGACCUUCGAGGAGAGGACAAUGACUGAACUGCAGAGACUGGCUAUCGCUGAUGGAGUCCUCUCGGCUUCUGAUGGACCAAUCGGCAUGCCUCCUGAACAAAACGGCCAUGCUGAGGCCACGCCCACCCCCCCUUUUGUCCAAACUAACGGAGACUGUACGACGUCUUCGAACGUUUGCGCUGGAGCAGAGGCGGAGUCUGAGCGGGAGAAAAACGAAAGCGAGCCGGAGGUGGUUGUGAAAGACAAAGCUGUUUCCAUGGCAACCCAGAUCUCUGAAGAGGAGGUAGAGGAAACGGAUCCUCUCCAAUCUCCCUAGUAACAAAACUGACAUUUGGGACUGAGCCGAAAGGGAAACAACAGACCACUCAGGACACGCGCACACACACACACACACACACACACAUACACACACUGUGAAAGGGUGAAUUACACACACACCAUAAACACCAUUAUAACUGUGGCAUUACAGUAGAGUGAUAUUUUAGCUACGCCCCCUAAACAGUAUUUUACCUUUUUUUAGCUCUUUAAUGAAACUAAAAUAAAAAGUACAUUUUGAGAAUAGCAAUUUAGCUAAAACACCAAAACAGUAUGUUUUAUGAUAAUAAGAGACACUUUAGCCACGCCCCCAGAACAUCUCUGCUAAACAUUUAAGAGAAUUAACUUUUAGUUGGCUCCGCCCUCCAGACAAAUUCCAUUUGGUACUCACAUUACAGUGUGAAUAAUGGAGUGUUAUCGUAGCCACGCCCCAAACAUUCCUUUACAUAAUACAUCAUUAAAAACACUGUGGAAGCCCCGCCCUCGAAACGCCAACCUGAUGAGCAGCUUUCACACCUUUCUGCCUUUUCUGACUGUAAAUAAUAUUUUAAAAUAUAUUUUUUAGAAAUUAAGCUCCGUAGCGUCUUUUCUAACCCUUGCACUUUUUUUGGCUGCAUUGGAAUUUCGUCAAAAUGUUUUUUGAAAAAACAGUUUUUAAAAACAUAAAAAACAGUUUAUAUUGAGAAGUUGCUGUUUUUCUGUUACACUGAUCAAACAGGAUGCUCAUUUAUUUCUUUUCUUUUUAUUAGUUUGUAAAUGUUUUGAUGUUCAGUGAAAUUGUGUGGCGUCAAAUGUACAAAAGAAAAGGGAAUAAAUGCUACAGAAAUGUAAAAGCAAUAAUAGUGCACAAGUAAAAUGCAAUGAUGUGAGGAGGUGGGCGGAGCCAGUGUGGCGAGUCUGUCAAGUUUGACCGUAUGACGUUUUUACAUUCAGCACUUCAUGUUUGUUUUUUUGGUAUAAAAUUCCUUUCUGCUGUCGUCCACACAGACUUAUAAACGUCUAUAAACAUUUGUAUCUAGAUUGAGCCUUUAUAACACUGUUAUAAGCACUGCGUAAACCUGGAUUCUUUAUGGAUUCUUUGCGAUGAUGAUGAUGAUGGUCACUCAGCUAACACUUUUUGCACUGCGCUAAACUGGAGGCUUGAAGCGUCCAGUAUGUUAGCUACCAGAACAAAACUAAACGAAAAAAAAGCAAA